AUGGGUAGCAUAGCAACAAGGUGGAAGGCUCUGAGCGGCCAGGACGAGUGGGAGGGUCUAUUAAACCCUCUCGACAUCGAUCUCCGCCGCUAUAUCAUUCACUACGGGGAAAGGGCUGGAGCGAUAGCCGUGGUGAACGAGCCAAAAUCGAAGAACUACAGACUUCCACGAUACGCGAAGGAAAAUUUGUUCUCAAAUAUGGGAUUGGAGAGUGGCAAUCCAUACAAGUACAUGGUGAAUAAAUAUUUGUAUGCAGCCCAUAUGACAUUUUCGUUACAGAAAUCAAACUUUCUGGGUUAUGUUGCGGUGACAACAGAUGAAGGAGCCAAAGUGUUGGGGAGGAGGGAUAUUUUGAUUUCUUGGAGAGGAACCCAAUUGGUACAUGAGUGGGAUGUCGACAAGGAGACCGAUUUAGUCUCAGCUUCUCACAUUCUGGGAGAGGAGAAUGAUCCUCUGGUGCACCAGGGUUGGCUUUCCUAUUACACUAAUAUUGACCUUCUGUCCCCGCACAAUCAACUUUCUAGUUGCAGAGAUCAGGCUGUAGCUGCACUUAAAGAAAUACUAGAUGAAUACAAGGAUGAAGAAAUCAGCAUUACCAUCACUGGUCACAGCAUGGGUGCUGCCAUGGCAAUUUUAAACGCAGCCGAUAUUGUUCAUAACGGAUACAAUAAACUGGCAUGUCAACCAAACAAGCUCAUUCCUGUCACAGCCAUUGUGUUUGCUUGCCCCCGUCUCGGAAACAAGGGUUUCGAAAAUGUAUUUUCCGGUCUCGAAAAUCUUCACGUCUUGCGUAUAACAAAUGACCAAGAUAUAGUCCCUAACUUACCAGAUCUGGAGGAUUAUGCUCAUGUUGGAAAAGAGUUGAGAAUCGACACUCUCAAGUCGCCGUUCUUGAAAGUAAUUCCUGAUACUCUUGUCACAGAAAGAAUUGGUAAUUUGCACAACCUGGAGGUUUACUUGCAUGGAGUUGCAGGGACACAAGGAGUCAAAAGUUCUGGUUUCAAGAUGGAAGUUGAUCGUGAUCUCGCGCUGGUAAACAAGCAUAUUGAUGGGUUGAAGGAUGAACAUAAUGUAGUUGCUCAGUGGUGGACGGAGAAGAAUAAGUCUAUGAUCCAAAAGGAUGAUGGAUCUUGGGUGUUGGAUGAUCACGAGGAAGAUGCGACUAUAUGUUUAGUCUAGGAAUCCAGUUUUAAAUAAAGCUCAUUCGGAUAAGGUAUAUAUCCUACCUCUGGUUAAUUUGGUUUGUUGCUCGGGAAGGGGGCUGGAACCUCCGUUCUCAUCAUGUUGUUUCAUUCUUGUACUUGUUUAAUUCAGCCCUAUCAGCAUGUACUUAAGUCUUUCUAU